UUCUAUCGUCCCUGCCUUACAAUGGGGGAAAAAAUGGCUGCGAACCGUUGCGGCGGCACUGUUUUCUUAUUUAUUCUUAUUAUGUUGUCGACAUUUGUCAUUGCACAUAGUCAAGACUCGACUUCGAACAACGGCCAACAUGUCAGUGCGGUGAAAACUCGACAAAAACCUCAAGAAACAGCUGAGGAAAGGACAUGGGAAGCGAUCGAUGUUGGGGAAAAUUCCCCUGACAAGCAGGAGUCUUCUGCCCCUGUCAGUGAGGUCCCUACAGCCGGUCCCCGAUGGAAAGAUGAUUUUCAAGAGGAGCUGGUUGUCAGACCUCUGCACUCGGGGGAUAUUUACGCCACCUUCCAGUUCCGUACUCUGUGGGAAACCGAUUUCAUGAAAGGAAACAAAGUGUCCCACUACCGGCUAUUCCCCAAGUCUCUGGGCCAGGUUAUCUCCAAAUUCUCAGUGCGUGAGCUCCACAUCUCUCUUACCCAAGGUUACUGGAGGACCAUGCAGUGGGGGCAGCCGUAUCUGCCAUCUCCCCCUGGAGCCGAGAUCUGGGUCUGGUUCCAGGACUGGGUGACAGAUGUGGAUGGCACAUGGACUGAGCUGACAAAUGUUUUGUCGGGGAUCUUCUGCGCCUCGUUGAACUUCAUUGAUUCCACCAACAGCGUUCAACCCAGCGCCUCCUUCAAACCACUUGGGAUAGGAAAUGCGACUGAUCACCGCUUCCUCCGCUACGCCACCCUUCCACGUGAGAUUGUUUGCACUGAAAAUUUGACACCCUGGAAGAAACUCUUGCCAUGUGGCUCCAAUGCCGGGAUUGCUGUACUGUUGAAUUCUGAGAAACUCUUCCACAGCAGUUUUCAUUCCCAGGCAGUGCACAUCCGGCCCGUGUGUCAGGACACACACUGCAAAGCCAUGUCGUGGGAGUUGAGACAGACACUGAACGUUGUCUUUGACCUUCACAACUCUGGGCAGGGCAAACGAGAGUGGUCUCUCUUUAAGAUGUUCUCCCGCACCCUCACCGAAGCUUGUCCGCUGGCUUCCUCCAGUAAAGUUUACGUUGACGUGUCAGACAGUGCUGAGGGGGAUAAAUUUGAGCUGAACCCGCCUACUCCUCUGCUCAGCCAGGAGGUGGUGUUGGGGGAUAGACGCACCUUCGCAGUGUAUGACCUGACCCAACAAAGCACCUUUAGCACAGCACGCUCCCUCAACCUGCUGAUACGCUGGAAGUCCAAUGAGGCAGGUCAAAUGCUCCGCCCUUUGCUUCAUGCAGAGCGUUAUGUGGCAGGUUUUGGGCUACAGACGGGAGAGAUCCACACACUGAUGUACAACAACCACCCAUACAGGUCAUUCCCUGUGCUGCUGCUGGAGUCAGUGCCCUGGUACUUUCGUCUUUACGUCCAAACCCUCACCAUUACCAGCAAGGGCAAGACUAAUAGUCCCAGUUAUAUCCACUACGAGCCGUCGAAGGACCGCGUGAGGCCGCACCUAUUGGAAAUGCUGGUCCAACUUCCUCCUAACUCUGUCACUGAGGUCACCGUGCAGUUUGAGAGAGCUCUGCUCAAGUGGACUGAGUACACCCCGGAGCCCAACCAUGGCUUUUAUAUCGGGUCAUCAGUUGUCAGUUCUCUUGUACCAAGCAUUGUUACCGUGGAUCCAAAUGCCACUCAAGAGCGCCCUCUUUUCAGCAGUUUUUUCCCCAGCAAAGAAGAGUCCAGCUUCUUUGUGCGCAUCUACACAGAACCUCUGCUGGUCAACUUGCCUACUCCAGACUUCAGCAUGCCUUACAAUGUCAUCUGCCUGACCUGCACAGUAGUGGCAGUGGGCUAUGGAUCCCUCUACAACCUCCUCACACGUACUUUCCAGAUAGAAGAGCCCAGCCCAGGACUGGCAAAACGGAUCGCCAACGUCAUCCGUAAGAUGAGAGGUGUGCCUCCACUCUGAGGUGUGACAGGACCAUCAGCCCAGUCUACUGUUCCUUUAGUCGAAUCCACUGGUAAAUAUGAUGCAUUCAGGGAAGAACUGAGUCAAAGGUUUUUGUUUGGAUUAUGUUUCCAGGAUCAUGUGUUUGUGGUAAAGGGCAGACUUACAUAGUCAUAGUCUUUAAGGAAAGCUACACUUAAAAAAAAAAAAAAAAAAAUUGCUCAUCAUCCACAAUCUUUAUGUGAAACAUGAUCACAUUUCUUUUCUUUUUCUGUGCGUUCUAACGAGAGAAAGAGUUAGCAUGAGCCAGCUAACAUUGCAUGUCAUGGGACCCACCUAUUUCGACGAUAAAGCCCUAAAAAUAAAACCUCAAAAAAUGUACAUAACUGACCUGCAUAUUAACCAAGUUCCAGCCCUAUUACUAUUGUAGCAGUAACACGAAAAACUGUAUUUAUCUGGCGGAGUAACAACACGUCGCUAGUCUCAGCGUUACUCACAACGCCUCAAGCCACUGCUAGGGGAAAGACGGAAGAGUGGAUAUUACCGGCUCUCAAUUUCUCUACAAAGACUCAACAAGAUGCUCGUUUGCUGUCAGCAUUUUUUACCUGAGGACUGCAGCACAAAAGUCUUGUGCUGAAAGACAGCCAUCCUUAUGAGAGUGGACAUUGUAAGUGUCGUCACUGUUUCUAUUCUGCUGUUGACAGAAGUAGCGUUACCUCCUAUGGGCUAUGUGAAAUCAAUGCGCCUAGAAAUACGUUUUUGUUAAUGUUUUCAAUCAUCAAAAUACGGCAAGAUACUGAAAGUAUUACAUGUUAUCAAUGUACCUGUUAAUGCAUAAGCACAGCAUGUACAUAAAACGAUUUUUAGAGGGCUUUAGGGUUUAACAUGCAAUUUUAGCUGGCUUGUGCUAACUCAUUUUCUGUUUUUAGAACACAGAAAAGGGAAAGAAAUAUGUGUUCAUGUUUCACAUAAGGAUUGUGGAUGAUGGGCAAAAUUCCCAAAAAAGUGCACAAAAUAUGUGCAGUUUUCCUUUAAAUUCGGAUGGAAGAUGGGAUUUCUGUAGUUGAUUGAAGCAUGAAGAAGCGUGUGAGCACACUGUGCCCACUUCAGAGUCUCUGAAGUCUUAUUGACAAAGAGAGGACACUUCAGUGUUUACAAACUUGACAGUAGUGGACUCACUAAGCUCUUUGAAAGUGUUUUACUUUGUCACUACUUCACUUUAAGUAAACAGUAAAAAACUUUCUGACGUAUUUAUUUGUAGUUACGAACAUUCUCCAGAUGAUCAAAUGUGUGUUUUGUUUGCACUGUUUCAGAAUGCAUUUUACUAAGGCCUUAAUUAUGACCGACAGCAGGGAUCCUAUGUUUGACAAAGUCAGUUAUUUAUUUGCACUGGUGGUGAAGGAGAGGGGAUUCGAGGCAAGGUACUGGAUGACCAUGAGAGGGCGCUAGACUGACGGCAGCAUCUUGUUGCUGCACCAUUUAAAAGCAUGAUAGUCUAAAGCAAUGUUAUGGUCAUAAUAUACAAAUACAAAUUAUAUACUUACCAGAUAUUUCAUUAAGUACACCUACACAAUUGUUAAUUGCAUUAUGACAUGAAAAUCUCCAUAGACCUGUCAACCAGAUCUGAGUGUUAUCUGUGCAAAGGCAGUAAUCCUGAUACAACUCUAGUUUUGGAUCAUGCAGAUGUACCUAAUGAAUUGAAUGGUGAAUGUGUGUUAAGGUCAACAAAAACAAAAUGUGAUUUUUUAUAUGUGCUAUAUUUCUUAACUCUUUUCAAACUCUUGGGCAACUUUGGUAUUUAUAUUAACUUUAUGUUAAUAUUACACACCAGUAAUUGCACUGAAUCCAAACAUGCAGAGCAUAUGUAUGUUAAUGUUCAGUGCAGUGUCAAGAUUGAUUCCAUAUCUAAUGUUAACAAAAGGGAGGGAUUUAGAAGCUGCUUUAUCAUCCACUUGUACUGUACAAACCAUUACUGCAGGCUACUUCAUGCUUUUCUGCCCAUUUCAUAUGCAGAUUGGUUUUACAAUAAACAGU